AUGCCCUUGUUGGCCUUUGAACGUUGUUCCAUGCAUUUACAUGCCUCGUUGGAAGAUGUACAAGUCCUAGCAGAGAGAGAAGGCGCAGAAGAAGCCCGAAAAAUGUUCCAUUCGUUUCGGCGAUGGUCCACUCAGGCUGAGUCGCGUGAGCCGUUGUGGCAUGCUGGGCAAAUACUUGGUACGACGAAGAAAUUUGCGAUAGGCCACCUCCGAGAGUCACCAGCGGUUGGCCUCUAUCAUACCAGUCUAGUGUUCUGGGCCUAUGCGAUUAUCGCGGCGUGUAAUAGGAGGGUGUCCGGCUGCAUCGACCGCAGUCAGAACGCCACUCACAAUGGCAGAUUGGUCGCCACUGACCAGGGCCAGACGUUGAAAGUGCAACGCUUUCUCCAUGCUGGCAUUGGACAGGCCGCCAUUACGCCGAUCAGGAAAUUGGUGGAAGGGAUGACGGGGCGAAGUCUCAAUGACACAGAGGCGGACCUUGUGGCCCUUCGGUACGGUAACGCUGUGGUGCAGAACCUGGUGGUCGUUCUGCGGGCUCGAGCUGCUGGGAAUCUGGAGAAUUCUCCACCGCCGAUAGAGAAAUUGAUAGAGUGUUUUGUUCGUUGGGAGCUGCUGUUCGGAACAUGGCUUGUAUAUAGGAGUACCUUUCUCUCUUCCUCUUCGUUCAAUGCCAAUGGGACUAGUUUGAUUUCGCUGGCAGAUCACAAUGAGCUCUCGAUGUCUACGGGCUCUCAGGCCACGGUGCCUCCACUCGGAAUUCACGCCGACGUUGCGAAGGCUCGUCGUUGUGCAGAUGUCAAACUUCUUGAAUUGUAA